AAUGUCAAACAGGCUACACUGAAACUAAAGUUGGUGUUUGGUUCAACUUAUGUUUCUUAAAAAUGUUUAUCUACAGUAAAACACAUGAAACCAUCCAAAGGAGUGUAUUACUCUACAAGCAAGGAUCUGCAAAAGUCCCAUCAAUGAGUCAAACAUAAUUACAUGCAAGGUAAGAAAAAGAACACCCAUGAAAAUCAUGUGCUGCUAUUCUCACUUUUCAGAUAGUUAGAGUCUGACUGGUUUGCCUCUCUGCACAUAGGUUCAGGUUCUGCAGAAUUGUUAAUGCUUACCUGCUAGUGUGGAUGAGGCGCCACUCCUCGUACAUGACGUGUUCUUUCACAGCUUUCUGAGGGACAACAAGGCUUUAAACUAAUCAGUUCAAGAGGCAAUGGCGCAACCCUUGAUGAACUGGAACACGGACCUCUUUGACUGUUGUGGGGAGAGAUGUUACUGCUGCUAUGGUUUGUUUUGCUGUCCGUGUCUUGCCUGCUCGGUUGCAGGAAAGUUUGGAGAUAACCGUUGUCUCCCAUUAUGUGACAUCUUCAGCCCCGCCAUAACAGCAGCCUGUGGACUCCCUCUGUGUGCACCUCCUGUAGCCUUGGCUCUGCGGGUUGGCAUUCGACACAAAUAUGGUAUCCAGGGUUCUAUCUGUAAAGACGUCGCAACUUCCUGUUUCUGUAUGUGGUGCUCCUGGUGUCAGAUGCAUCGCGAGAUGAAAUACCGCAUGAAACAACCAGCUGUCAUUGUCAACAUGCAGCCUCCUCCAGUCAUUUUCGCUCCUGGGAUGUAUCCUGGAAACCCAGCUCCUCCUGGUUUUAGGGGCUACCCAGAGGUUGUUAAUGGUUAAUUCAGACUGAGCUUUGUGAUUUCUAAACACUGUUGGUUAGGUGUUGGUUAGCAGGAUACAGUCCUUGUUUGGACCUUUUUUCUAAGCAGUGAUAUACAAAGAUGUAAUUAUUUUAAGUGGUGUCUCCUCAGCAUCCGCAUGCUGGGUAGAUGUCAGUCUAAUGAUAUAACAAUGUUAAUCAUGACAAUUCUGUGGUGGUUGGUAACUCUCUCUUUUUAAUGGCCAGGGAUUUAUUUUACUUAGUAAAAGUGAACUACUGUCAAAAUCAGGAGAAAAUUCACAAAUGAGAGCAGAUGUUUCCUGAACAUGUACUUGUCCUGAACUGUUGCUGCUUUAAAAAAAAAAAAAAAAAAAAGCUU